AUGACCAGCGAAGUAGAAAUAAUAGAUUCAAUCAUCCUGGAUCCGCUACCACCAUCAGCAUUUGAUUAUGCUAUUACUGGCACCAGUAGCAGUAGGGUAACUAGUAACAACAACAGCAAAAUCAACAGCAAAAGCAACUACAACAACAACAACAGCAAAAUCAACAGCAAAAGCAACUACAACAAUAACAACAACAACGGCAACAACCGUAAAAGAAGACGAAGUGAAGAAAAUAUUGAUGGUAUUUUAGAUACCGUCAAUGAAAAGGUCAUAAGGCGGAACGUGAUGAAGAGAGCCUUAAGAGUGGGAGACAUAGUAUUGAACAAAUAUUACCAAGUAAAUAAAAUUGAAAGGAAAAAUACCGUGUAUGGCCAGCCACUGAUGCUGGAAUUCGAAAAUACGGUAUUUUUCCUACCGGAAUUUAUGAAAGACUUCUUAACAGAUGAACAAAUUAGCAAGAUCAACGUAGAAUCGGAUAUAGUAAUGAUAUGCCAUCAAAAAGGCAAAUGCAAAUUGGUAGUAGAACCAGUACAAAGAGUUACUGAAAAUUCGGUUGUGCUCAGGGAUCAAAGUGAUGAUUGGUGUGGAAGAACAAUCGCUGAACUUUUAACUAAAUUUGAUGAUUUUCAGGAAAAAGGCAGCGGUUGGGCCUUAUCAUCAAUAAUAAAUUUAGUUGUUAAUAUAAAUUCAUAUACUGCAUUUGUGGCAGACCGCAGAUCAAGUUAUCCAAACUAUGAGGAUAUACUUAAUUUCAAUGGAAUUAAGUUUCCCGUAUUAAUUAAAGAUAUUUCCAAGUUUGAAAAAUUAAAUAAAAUUAGUAAACAAAAAAUUAACUGUCAUUCUGAAUCAAAUAUUAAUGAUAAUGAUGUAGAGAUUAAAUAUCAUUACGUUUUAAUUAAAGAUUUAUCAAGAUUACUUUCGCAAGAUAUUAAUAAAAAAGAGGCUCAGAUUUGUUUUAUUUGUGAUCAACCAUUUACAGAAAAAAAUAUUAAAUGUAAGGAUCAUGAUCAUUUAAAUGGUGAAUAUCGAGGAGCUGCUCAUCAAAACUGCAACAUAAAUUAUAAAAAUUCUUUCUAUGUUCCUGUAGUAUUUCAUAACCUAAGCGGCUAUGAUUCACAUUUUAUUAUAAAGGAAUUAAACUCAGUUAUAUCAGAUAUCUUUGAAAAAUUCAGAAAAUUUUGUAUGGAAACAUAUGACUUAGACCCACUUCAUUAUUUUACUUUGCCAGGGUUUUCCUGGGAUGCUAUGCUCAAAUACACCAAUGUAAAUUUUGAACUUUUAACAGAUAUUGACAUGAUAUUAUUUAUCGAAAAUGGUGUAAGAGGAGGUUUAACUCAAGUUUCUAAACGCUAUUCAAAAGCAAAUAAUAAAUACAUGAACGACUUUGAUUCUUCAUUACAAUCUCAAUAUUUAAUGUAUUUUGAUGUUAAUAAUCAAUAUGGGUGGAAUUUUAUAUUAAACAUUUCUGAUAAAAAUGGUAUUGGUUAUAUCUUUGAGGUGGAUUUAAAUUAUCCUACACAACUUCACGAUAUUCAUAGAGAUCUCCCUUUCUGUCCAGAACAUUUAUUAACAGAUUCAAAUGAAAAAAAAAUAGUUGCUACCUUGUACAAUAAAGAUAGAUAUGUUCUUCAUUAUAGAAGUUUAAAAUUAGCUUUAAAAAAUGGUCUUGAAGUAACAAAAAUUCAUAAAAUUUUAAAAUUUAUUCAAUCAGAUUUUCUGCGACCAUAUAUAGAGUUGAAUACUAAAUUACGGGCACAAUCGAAAGACAAUUUUUCAAAAGAACUUUUUAAAUUAAUAAAUAAUGCAAUAUUUGGCAAAACGAUAGAAAACGUGAGAAAACACUGCAACAUAAAACUUAAAACUUACUGGCAUGGUCGUUAUGGGGUUAACGCAUUAAUUGCGUCACCUUAUUUUAAAAGCUCUGCUAUUUUUAAUGAAAACUUAGUUGCCAUAGAAUUAUAUAGAAAUGAAAUUUAUUUUAACAAACCUAUAUAUGUGGGUACUAUAAAACCGCAAACAUCAUAG